AGCACCCCCAGUUCAACUUUCUAGAGGUACUACCAGGUCGGUACCACCAGCAGUUCAACAGUUUCAAUCAAUAGAAAACAACUACUCACAACUAUCGCCCAAUCAUCCGUUCUGUUGGUACGACUGAUAACUCUACCGAUCACUACUUCAGUUGGUACUACGUCAAAACGUCACAAUGUCCACGUCAGUUUAAGAGCGAUAAUCGAAGACCGAUGAACGACGAUUAUUUUUGCGACGAAGACGAGGAGUACGGCGACUACGGGUUGCAGUACUCCGAGGAGAGCACCUCCGAGCCGGACGUCGACCUGGAGAACCAGUACUACCUGGCGAAGACGCUGAAAGAGGACCAGCUGGAGAAUUCGGUGGCCGCCUUCCAGAAGGUGCUCGACCUGCAGGGCGACCAUCGCGGCGAGUGGGGCUUCAAGGCGCUGAAGCAGCUGGUCAAGAUCAACUUCCAGCUGAAGAACUACCAGGAGACGAUGAAGAAGUACAAGGAGCUGUUGGGGUACAUCAACACGGCGGUGACCAAGAACCACGGCGAGAAAUCGAUCAAUUCCAUAUUGGAUUACACUUCGACGUCGAAGGACAUCGAGCUGCUGCAGGACUUCUACGAGACCACGUUGUCGGCUUUGAAGAACGCCAAAAACGACAGGCUGUGGUUCAAGACCAACACGAAAUUGGGCAAAGUCUAUCUGGAAAGGGGCGAAUUCGCCAAAGUCACCAACAUCAUCAAGCAGCUCAAGUUGACCUGCAACACCAACAUCCAGGACAUCGAUCCGCACAAAGGUACCCAAUUGCUGGAGAUCUACGCGCUGGAGAUCCAGAUGUACACGCAGCAGAAGAACAACAAGCAACUGAAGGAGUUGUACGAGCGCAGCCUCAAAAUACGCUCCGCCAUUCCACAUCCUCUCAUCAUGAGCGUCAUCAGGGAGUGCGGCGGGAAGAUGCACUUGCGGUCCGGCGAUUACGAAAAAGCCUACACGGACUUCUUCGAAGCGUUCAAGAACUACGACGAAGUGGGCAAUCCGAGGCGCAUCAAUUGCCUGAAGUACCUCAUCUUGACCAGCAUGCUGUUGAAAUCGGCCAUCAAUCCGUUCGAUUCGCAGGAGGCGAAACCCUACAAGAGCGAGACCGAAAUCAAGGCGAUGACCGAUCUGAUAUCGGCCUUCCAGAACAACAACAUGAAGGAGUUCGAGUGCAUCUUCCAGGAGAACAAGGACUCCUUGAUGGUGGAUCCGUUCGUGCACGAGCACAUCUCCGAUCUGCUGGUGCACGUCAGGACCAACGCCCUGCUGACGCUCGUCCGGCCGUACUGCAACGUCAAAUUGGACUUUAUCAGUACCGAAUUGGGCAUCGGCUCCGACGAGGUGGAGUUCCUGUUGGUCUCUUGCAUUUUGGACAAAGAUAUCGAAGGUAGGAUCGAUCAGGUGAAUAAGAUAUUGGUGAAGAGGCCGAAAGGUUACGAUAGCAAGUACAUUGCUUUGGAGAAAUUGACCGAGCAAAUUGGAAAGUUGACUUUGUCCAUUGGUGUUUGAUCUCGGUUGAAUAAAGAUUUAAUUUGUC